AUGGAAAAAAGGGGAAUUGAGGUUGAUGCCAAAUGCCCUCUCUGUGAGAAAGCUGUAGAAAGUAAAAAGCAUGAACUGCUCUAUUGUGGAAAAAUCUGUGAUGUAUGGUGGAAUUGGCAAUCUUGCCCAACAAACCUGUUGGCUGAAACAUAUGACAUAGUGGAUGUUGCAUUGCAAAUUCUGGAAUUUGGCCUUCCAUCAACUCAAAUCUGGAAUUUUGCACAAUGGAUCCAAAGUGACCAUAAAGAGGCAGUAACUAUUAAUCUCCUUAGGCAGCAACCUCCCAAGGUUGGUUGGGCUACACAACCUCCUGGGGUGUAUAAAAUAAAUGUUGAUGGGGCCACUUUUGAAGAUGGUAGACCCUCGGGUGUGGGGGUGGUGAUCAAAGACUGUAGAGGUAUGGUGGUGGCAGCAAGUGCCGAGUUGCUGUCUGCUACGUAUGGAGUGGAGGACACAGAAGCUUUGGCUGCUGAAGAAGGAAUGCUCUUAGCCAGCCAAAUGAUGCUCACAAAGGUUAUACUAGAAUCUGACUCUCUCUUGGUUGUUCAAGCCACUUCAUGUAACUCCCUCCAUGGAGAUCUAAGUCCAAUUAUCCAAGGGAUCCUUGAUUUGCUCAGUUCUGUUGAUAGCUGGAAGGUUAAGUACAUGAAAAGGGAUUACAACAGAGGCACAUGA